UUCUAGGACAUUCUGUAGAAAAUAAAGAGGGUUAGCUUUUAACUACAAACACUCAGCUCCUAGUACCUGCCACAGCUGAAACGCUACACCAGGCAUAAGGAGCUCAUCAUCAUGGCAGAUGUCUAUGGGUGGUUUGAAGGGAUAGCAUUCCCUCUAGCGUAUUUCAACCUGGAAGUCUUAAGAGAAGCACGGGACACAUUUGUGGUGAAGGAUGAAGAUAUAAUAAUGGUGACUUAUCCCAAAUCAGGAACCCACUGGUUGAGUGAGAUUAUCUGUCUGAUUCAUUCCAAAGGGGAUCCCAAGUGGAUCCAGUCAGUGCCCAUCUGGGAACGUACACCCUGGAUUGAGACUCAAAUUGGAUACAACUCAUUGAAGGAUAAGGAAGACCCACGCAUUUGGACAACUCACCUACCCAUUCAACUCUUCCCCAAGUCCUUUUUCAGUUCCAAGGCCAAGGUGAUUUAUGGCAUUAGGAAUCCCAGAGAUGUUCUCGUGUCUGGUUAUUUUUUCUGGAGGAAAAUGAGUAUUGCUCAACAAGCAGAGACACUGCAAGAAUACAUGGAAUGGUUCCUCCAAGGAAACGGAGUCGCUGGGGACUGGAAGAAUCACUUCACUGUAGCCCAAGCUGAAGCAUUUGAUGAAAUAUAUCAGAAGAAGAUGGCAGGCUUUCCUCCAAAGCUGUUUCCAUGGGAAUAAUGUUGAAAAUUUCUAGAUGUUCUAUGGAUACUGAUAUCUGUUUUCCUGACCUUGUACUUCUGCAUGCCUAGUAGAUCAUAGCAUGAAACAUUAUUUCAUUGUGAAGUUUUGAAUGAUCAAAUCUUUACAUUUUUGAUUGCCUACUUGUUACAAAUUACCUGCUUACCAGUAUUCAUUGCAUAGUACUACACUUUAGAAAUUCUUCACAAUAUUCACGUAUUAUAUAUACUGCACUACAAUAAAAUAUAAAAAUUA